AUGGGCAUCCUAACAAACUGGUACGAAAGCCUCGCGCAGGAGAAGCGGCUGGAGCUGCUUAUGACGUUGGGCAUGUACGAUGAGCGCGUGUACGAGGUGGUGGAGCGGCAUCACCUGGCACCGGAUAUUCUCCAGACGCUACCGUCUCCCCUCACCGCCCAUUUCUUGGCACGCGGCAUGUGCUACGACGCCAUUAACGAGGAGGUGGUUCGCAACUUUGUGCGCAUUUGCAUGAUGCUGUCGCGCUACCAUACCGUCGAGGAGGCGUCGACGCUAGCGGAGCUGAUCGGCAGCUGCGGACUGCCAGAGCAGUAUCGUAUGCAGAUGUUUAACUUUAGUGAGACGUAUCGGCACAUGAUACUCUCACAAUCCUACUUCCCUCAGCGAGCGGUGCUGCGCCUGCUGUCGUACAUCUUCUGUGACGAUGUUCUCUCCGAUGCCGUGGCGCAGCUGCAGUACAAGUCCGACAUUUUAAACCAUAUAAACAAGGUGUACGUAACCACACCGGACUUUGUGUCGUGGCGCUUCUCCGUCCGAUGCAUGUCCCUGGCCGGUGGCUUUAACGAGGACCGUUCAGACGUCGAGUACACGGAGCUCCUCACGCGGGUUGUUUCGCAGGCGCUGCCCGAGUUUUUCAGCUACUUCCUGGUCGCCUUCUGCUACGCCCGCUUUCGCUUAUACCCGCAGCGGGUGCGCGGUAUCACCCCGCGGUGGCUGGUGCGGCAGCGUGCCUGCUUCUCGGCCCUUUACUGCGCUCUUCUUGGUGUUUACUGCAACGUCAUCUUGGAGUACCGGGUGCACGAGCACCGCGUCCUGUACGAGCUGCGCAAGAGUCGAGAGAUGCGACGACGCCGCGGUGCUGAGCGCCGCGGCCUCCCGUACGAAAAGAAUCCGUACUUUGACAACCUUGAAGGGGUGACGCGGCGCGUGUACACGAUGCAGCUGUCUGCCUACACCUUCACUGGUCUUGGUCUCGCUGUCUCCAUGCUCCCCUUGACCUCCGUGAAGUUCCCCAAGUUCAUGGGCGACGUCGCAUGGCGGCAUCCGUUCGUGCCGCGGCUCUUUCCAGCUCUGCUUGGCAUGCACGCCGCCUCGCGCUGCCUCAUCCCAUUUGUUGUCGCACCGUUCACUGUCGUGAGCCUUGCCAUGCACGGCAACUGGGGGACCACCCUGUACGACCGCUACGUCGAGCUCCGUAUGCGGCUUUGGCAUCGGAAGGUGGACGUGGCCUUUGACACGUCGACUGAGAUGGAUGAGGUGGAUAUCACCGGCGCUGACACGACAAGGAAGAGUACCUCUUGA